UUCGGAAGAAAAUCACUUGACCGGAUGAUAAUUAGGAUGGCGUCGGGUUGGGGCCUUGGCAACACUGUACUUGUUCAUCUCAAGGAGCGGCACGUCCGGUCUCCGAUAGGUAUGUUGCCAUUUCUAAGAUACUAACAUUUCUGCAAUUCUCACUUAAUUCACGAUUUUGCCUUACGAAACAGUGUAUAAGAAAUUGGAUAUGGAAGUGUUGUUGGGUACAUUUCCUGCCCUUGGUUUCUCAAAUUCUUCUGUUUUCUCUCGCAAAACACGUCCGGCUAUUAAAUUAGCAUCUGGAGUUUUGACGCGAAAACUUAAUGUAAGCCAUAUUCAAAGAAAUUGUGUAAACUCGGAUGGCCCUGCCGUCAGCAGCUCCACCAGUAUUAAGUUUGACAGCGAAAAUGGGGGUUUUAGAGGUAACAGUGACAAUAUGGAGUGGGAAGUGGAAUUGCUUGAAGAGCUUGAUCCGUUGGGGUUUCAACCACCGAAGAAGAAGAAAAAACAAAUGAAAUCGAAGCUUCUUGAUGACGAUGAGGGCAUGGAUUGGUGCUUGAGGGCUAGGAAGGCCUCUCUUAGAGCCAUUGAGGCAAGAGGCUUCAUUUCUUCUGAGGAAGAUUUGUUUUCUGUGAAGAAGAAAAGAAAGAAGAAGAAGAAGAAGAUUUCGGGAAGCAAGGCUAAUGGGGUUAAUAAGAAUAAGAAUGUCUUUGAGGAAGAACUGGAGUCUGAUUCAGAUGAGGAUUUGGAUUUGGAUUUGGAUUUGUUGGAUAGUUUAAGUAUUAAUGACGCUAACCAUUUGAGUAAGAGUGUGAGCAUAAUGGGUGGUGGGAUGUUUGAACAAAGGAAGGAGAAGACAAUGGAGGAUUUUAUUCAAACAUUGUCCCAAUACUCGGGGCCUUCGGAUCGUAAAAAGGAAGUCAAUUUGAACAGAGCAAUUAUAGAAGCACAGACCGCAGAUGAAGUAUUAGAGCUUAUUUCUGAUAUGAUCCUUGCUGUUCGGAAAGGAUUGAGUCCUUCUCCUUUGUCUCCUUUGAACAUUGCCACAGCACUUCAUAGGAUUGCUAAGAAUAUGGAAAAAAAUUCGAUGUUGAAAUCAUACAGGUUAGCUUUCGCUCGUCGAAGAGAAAUGUCGAUGCUGAUUGGUAUUGCCAUGAUGGCAUUGCCAGAGUGCUCGGCGCAAGGCAUCUCCAACAUUACUUGGGCAAUGUCCAAGAUUGGAGGCGAUCAACUUUUUCUGUCAGAGAUGGAUAGAGUUGCAAAAGUUACCUUGACCAAGAUAGAGGAGUUGAAUUCUCAGAAUGUUGCUAACAUUGCUGGAGCAUUUGCUUCAAUGCAACAUUCUGCUUCUGAUCUCUUCUCGGAAUUAGCAAAAAGAGCAUCACAUAUAGUCCAUACAUUUCAAGAACAGGAACUAGCUCAGGUAUUGUGGGCUUUUGCCUCUUUAAAUGAAUCUGCUGACCUUUUGCUGGAAUCUUUAGACAACGUUUAUAGUGAUGCAAGUCAAUUUACAUGCUACCUGAGUGAAGGAACAUUGAAUAGUAAUCAAGAAAGCACUGUUGGUGUCAUUAGUGAUCUUGAAUUAGAUGGAGCAUCAGGCUCUCCAGUGCUCAAAUUUAAUCGGAAUCAGUUAGGAAAUAUAGCUUGGUCUUAUGCUGUAUUGGGGCAAAUGGACCGCAGUUUCUUUUCCCACAUUUGGAGAACCAUAGGCUACUUUGAGAAGGAAAAUAUUUCAGAGCAGCAUAGGAAUGAUAUCAUGUUUGCUUCUCAACUAUAUCUUGUGAAUCACUGCUUGAAGCGGGAAUAUUCGCAUCUUCGGUUAUCUUUAAGCUCCGAUCUCGAAGAGAAAGCCAGUCUUGCUGGGAAAACUAAGAGGUUCAAUCAGAAAACGACUUCAUCAUUUCAGAAAGAAGUAUCCCGUCUUCUUGUUAGCACAGGUCAUGAGUGGAUCAGGGAAUAUGUAUUUGAUGGUUACACUUUAGACGCCGUUAUAGUAGAUAAGAAGGUUGCUUUGGAGAUUGAUGGUCCAACCCAUUUCUCUAGAAACACAGGGAUACCUUUGGGACACACCGUGCUGAAACGUCGUUACAUAACUGCUGCAGGCUGGAACGUGGUAUCAUUGUCUCACCAGGAGUGGGAGGAACUACAAGGUGAGGAUGAGCAACUAUACUAUCUACGAGAAAUCCUCAAAGAUCGCUUAGAUUAAAGGUAGCAUGAAUGACGAAUAGCCCUUAUCGACGGGAAAUGUAUGUUGCUGUAUCAACUGUUUGCAUUUGUGAAGUAAAUCCACAUACAAUCAACCAACCCAUGAUAAUCAUUGAGCUGCUUUGGAUGAGUUUUUUUAAUGUUGUUGAUGGGGAUGGAUGUGAUUAUGAGAACA